CACCUUUAUAGCUUGGAGCUGGAGUUAGUAGAGCAAAAGAGUAAUAGGGACAUUGUUUGUUCAAACUCUAUUAUUUGUCCGAUCUCAACUUUAAGAAUCCUCCUCUUCACCUGAAGACAGAGCAGCUCUGGUUUAACUCUUCAUCCUCUUAACUCAAUUUUCUCAAGUCAAAUAUCAAUUAUUUCCGACCUGAUUUCAUCAAAUAAAGAUUACAUUCUUCCUCGUGUCCAAGAUCUUUUUAGCUCAUAUUUAUGAGUUCAUCUUUCUCUCAUUAAAACUUCUUCUUCAUUAGGGUUUAUUUCAAAAUCAAACAAUGACUACUGCUCCUGAGAAAAAAUCUACCUCCAAAGGCCAAGCAUGGUUCUGUACUACUGGUUUACCAAGCGACAUUGUAAUCGAAAUCGAAGACAUGACUUUCCAUCUCCAUAAGUUCCCACUGAUGUCUAAAAGUAGGAAACUUCAUGUACUGAUCACUGAGCAAGAAACAAACAACAACAGCACUAGUAAACACAGAAAAAGUUCAGUUACAGAAGACGAAAAAGAAGAAGAAGAUGAAGAAAUCAUGGAACAAGAAAUGCAUCAAAUUUCACUAUCUGAAUUUCCAGGAGGUUCAGAAACAUUCGAAAUCGCAGCAAAAUUCUGUUACGGAGUGAAGAUUGACAUUACAUCAUCAAAUGUUGCUUUACUUCAUUGUGCAGGUGAAUAUUUAGAAAUGACAGAAGAGUAUUCAGAAAAUAACUUAAUUUCUAAAACAGACAGAUUCUUAACCGAAUCAGUUCUUAAUCAUAAAAACAUUAAAGAAUGUUUGAAAACAUUGAAAUCAUGUGAGAAAUUAACAACAAUGGAGGAAAUUCAUAAUCAGAUUAGUGAUACAUGUAUUGAUUCCAUUGCUGAGAAAGCUUCUUUGAUUGAUCCGUCUUCGUUAUUCGGCUGGCCGCUCAUACAAAAUCAUGAAUCUCGUCAUGUUUCAAGUCAGAAUCAGAUUCUAUGGAAUGGAAUUCAAACAGGAGUGAACUCAACGAACACGAACAGUAGAGUUAUGAAGGCGGAUUCUUGGAUUGAAGAGUUAGGUUGUCUAAGUUUACCAUUGUACCAGAAACUUAUAUCAGCUAUGAAAUCUCGAGAUCUAAGUUCGGAUAUUAUCGAGAAGUCUUUAAUAUCUUACGCCAAGAAAUGCAUUCCAGGAUUAUCUCGUUCGAGCAGGAAACAAGCAACAAGUUCAUCAAUUGCUUCAGAGACAGAACAGAAGCAACUCUUAGAGACUAUAGUUACGUUUCUGCCAAGGGAGAAAAGUUCAUCAGGAUCUUCAGCAAUGACAAGGUUUUUAUUUGGGUUAUUACGGACAGCUAAUAUAUUGAGUGCUUCAGAAAGUUGUCGAACUACUUUAGAGAAGAAAAUCGCGUCGCAGCUUGAACAAGCAACAUUGGACGAUCUUUUGAUUCCAAGUUAUUCUUAUCUGAUUGAAACACUUUAUGAUGUCGAUUGUGUUGAUAGAAUUUUAGGGUGCUUUAUUGAUGAUUUAGAAGAGGAUAUGGAAAGUGAAAGUGGCCUUGGUGGUGAUGAUAAUGUUGGUAAUGCAUCUCCAACAUUGAGUCCAGUAAUGUUAGUCGGAAAAUUAAUCGAUGGAUACUUAUCGGAAAUCGCUACGGAUGCAAACUUGAAACCGGAUAAGUUCAUUGAUCUUGCUACGGCUCUUCCUGAUCGUGCAAGAUUAUUCGAUGAUGGUCUUUACAGAGCCGUUGAUGUUUACCUCAAGGCACAUUCAUCUGUAACUGACGAAGAAAGAGAAAAGAUUUCUGGAAUCCUGGAUUGCCAGAAGCUGACACUAGAGGCAUGUACCCAUGCUGCGCAAAAUGAGCGACUUCCGUUAAGGGCGGUAGUGCAGGUUCUUUUUUUCGAGCAGCUUCAGCUUCGUCAAGCAAUUGCCGGAACCCUUUUGGCAACUGAGUUGAAUAUUGGAGGAUCACAAGUACCUCAGCAGGAUGAUGAGCCUGCUCGUCACUCCCUUUUGCAACUACAACGUCAGAGUUAUCAGCAGCACAAUGAGGAAGACCCAAAUGAAGACGGCAAAGAAGAAGAAGAGGAAGGAAAUGGUGGAAGAGGAGGGGCCUCAGUCAUAGCUGGAGCACAAAAUAAUAAUAAUACGUGGAGAGUAGCGGUGAGAGAGAAUCAAGUAUUGAGGUUGGAUAUGGAUAGCAUGAGAUCAAGAGUGCAAGAACUUGAGAGGGAAUGCAGCAGCAUGAAGAGGACAAUACAAAAGAUUGAGAAGAGCGGUGGUAGUGGAGGAGGAGGAUGGAGAAGUUCAUUGACUAAGAAAUUUGGGUGUAAAUUCAAGACCCAAGUUUGUGAUUCACAUGAGCCAACUGUUGUAGAAACCAGGACAAGUAGACAUCAUCGACAAUCCAGCUCCUAGGUAUCUCUCCAUCUUCUUCUGUACUAUACUACUACGAGUAUUGUUACUUCAUAAAUUUUCCGAUUGUUGCAAUCUUUUUAGUUAUUUUAAAUUCACCACUUUAUAAUUGUUGAUGGUACUCUUUAGUGAAUUUUAAUUCCAAGAUGAUGCAUCAUAUCUAUUCACCAAA